AACGCAACACUUCAUUUAUUCAGAAAUUAUUUGGGCUUUUAUCGUUAGCGUAUACGGCCCGGAAACCCUAAAAUCUAAUGAUGCCAGAAAUUGGAGUUCGUUUCUCUUUUUCCUUCUAUGGCGAAUCUGCGACGCCUUAGCUUAUGCCCUCUCUGAAACCAACUAUGGAGAUCUGAGAUACUAACAAUGGAAUUUCGAGACGUUUAUUCAACGUAACGCGUAGCUGUUUGAAUCUUUAAUCCCGAUGUUUACAAUUUUUGGGGUUCAUCUUCUUCUUCUUCUAUUUCUGAAACCAACAGUGUUCUUCUCCGUUAUCUGAUAGCAACAAUGGAGAUUCGAGAUACCAACUAUAUAUGGAGUUUCAAGUUGUUCAAUUGACGUGAAUCAUAUCUGUGUAAAUCUUCAAUCCCGACGUUUUGCCUUGCGCUCUAAUCAAUCGAAACGGUUUCCCAGGUCCUUUUCUCUUGCAGAGUGAGAUAAUGUCUAAGCCGAAACUAUUUGUCGAUCCAGUCCCAGAAUUACCUUUAGCUCUUUUGGAUCAAAAGGAGGCUGGUAAAAGGCUCUUGCUUAUCACAAACUCAGAUUAUCACUACACAGACAAAAUGAUGAAGCAUUCGUUUAAUAAAUUCCUUCCCAAUGUCAUGGACUGGCGAGAUCUUUUUGACAUGGUGAUAGUAUCUGCGAGGAAACCAGAGUUCAUCCAGAUGUCACAUCCUUUAUACGAGGUUGUGACGGGAGAGGGUUUGAUGCGUCCAUGUUUUAAGGAGGUUUGUACUCAGAUGGUAGAGAUUUCACCCAAUGUUCGUGGAGAUGAGAUUUUGUAUGUUGAUGACCACAUCUACACUGAUGUUAGCGGCUCUAAAGUCCAUCUCAGGUGGCGAACUGCACUGAUUUGCCGUGAACUGGAAGAAGAGUGUACAGCUCUAAUUUGUAGUCGUGGUCACCGAGAAGAGUUGAUAGAGCUUCAAAAUCGAAAAGAAGUUGUUGGGGAUCUCUUUAACCAGAUUAGGCUUGCUCUUCAAAGACGAAGCAAAGGCCGUCCUGCUCAGACCCUCGCUGCUACCAACUUGGAUGAUCAAGAACUGACAGAGACCACGCAGAAGCUUCUCAUUGUAAUACAAAGACUAGAUGACAAGAUUUGUCUAAUGCUUGAAUCAGACGGCGAGCUCUUCAACAAAAGAUUUCUCUUAAAAAGGGGCAACCUUCCAACAUUCCGUCGUAGACUCGCCGCCGGGACCAUGUACUCCAUAUCCGGUUUCGACGUUGCGAAGCGUGCUCAGAACGUCCGCCUCUCCGUCUCCUCAUUCCUGAUCCGGUUCACUGACACCACAUCAUUUGAAAAACUGAUUGAACCGGUUUCACCCUUACCUCAGGAAGGCUUUCGGUUCCGUAAUCAAACCGAGCUGGUCGGACUGGCUAACACGAACACACAGUUUCCGGACAUCAUUGGUGAGAUCACUGCGGUUAAGACUACGGUGACUGAACCUCCGGAAGAUAAAAAUCGCGUUAUGGCUACGGUCAAACUGGAAGGUCAUUGGCUCAUGAUUCUCCGCUUCCUGAUGUGAGUACGGAAAACUAGCGGUGUUUUGCUCAAACAUGAUGUAAUCUUUAUACGAAGAAAUGUGGAUAGAGGUGUAAUAGUAGAAAUUCCGAAGCUCAAAGCCUCUAUUUUUGUAUAAAUGUGUAAUAUUCAUAUUCUCUGAACUAAGUUGAAGCUGGCCUUGGGUUGUUAGCGUAAUGUUAUUGCUUUGAUUUCUUGAGUA